AACUAGUUCUUGCUGUCCAAGCUUGAGAAGUCAAGGGUUGCGUUUAAACAAAUCCAAACACCAUGGAUUGAUGCUCUUCUGGCGCGAAUUUAUGAACACACCCACCAACAAUAAAUACACACCAACCCACAGAAAUUAAGGGGAAAAAAAAAAUUAUGGGUUUCGGAAAGGAGGAGCUUGAUUUGGUGUUGGUCCCUUGUGGGUUGAUGAUCAUGUUUGCAUACCACCUCCAUCUCCUUCACAGAUACCUUCGUUGCCCUGACACCACCUUCAUCGGCUACGAGAACAAUGACAAGAAAGCUUGGGUCGAAAGCAUUUUGAAGAAUAAAGACAAGGAUGUUAUAAGCGCGGCUCUAUCGGCGACAACCUCAAACACGACAGCAUCAAUUUACUUGGCAACAAUCUCGUUAACUCUCUGCUCUCUCAUUGGAGCGUGGAUUGCAAACUCUUCCAACAACCUUUUCCAGAUGAGCAACAUCAUCUACGGCGACACCCGACCGUCGACCAUCUCCGUCAAGUACAUAAGCCUCCUGACCUGCUUCCUCCUUGCCUUUUCAUGCUUUAUUCAGUCGGCAAGGCACUUCGUGCAUGCAAAUUAUCUGAUAAGCCACCCAGGAAAUAUCAGUCCUGUGAAGAAUGUGGAGUUGGCGGUUAUAAGGGGAGGUGAACUUUGGGUGCUUGGGCUUAGAGCGCUCCAUUUUGCUCUGAAUUUGCUGCUCUGGUUUUUUGGUCCAAUACCCAUGUUUGUUUCCUCUGUUUUAAUGGUGAUAAUCCUCUAUCACCAAGAUGGCAAUUCUCCUCCAUUGCAUCAGUAUGGAUCUGCAGGGAGCCAUGUCCUGAUCAAAAGGACUGGCCAGGAUGUCUAAGGCCAUGAUCAUAAUGUUUAAGGUCUCAAAAUGAAUCACCAUUGCUAUGGAUUUUUUCAGCAUCAAGCUUUUAGAAGAAACCAUGCUCUUGUUGAUUAAUAUUGCAGGUGUUCUUGUUUGAAUUUGAUGUUGGAAAAUAGAGCAAACUUUCUUCUUUGAA